AUGUCUUCUCGACGUCGCUACGCCGUAGAUCCAUCCUACCCCCCUCUAUCCGAAAUCAUCGAGCUCGAACCGGAGAAAGAGCCAUGGUGUGCCGGCUACGCCCCUUCAAAGGGUCGUCGGUGUCAUGCCCGCACAAAUGCACACGGCCGCAGAUCAGCAACUGCCAUUCUCAAUGAGGGCACUAAAGAACUUCGAGCCGGUCGCAGCGUCACUUCACUGCUGAAGGAGUUAGCUCCUCACGUCCUAUGCACAAGGUUCCACCAAAACCAAGCCUCGGAUCUCGUCUCUCGCUGGAAAAGAGACGUCCGCGCAUAUCGGGAUUCACAGGACGCUUAUAUACCACCUGCAAGGUCGACGAGGCGAUCAUCCCGAAGUGUCUAUCUAGACUCCAUUGAAUCGGACUCGGAGGAGACAAUUGACUUCCUUCAACAAAGACUUCGUUACCUACAAGAAGAGGUUCGCCGUCUCGAAGUCGCUCGAUAUGGCUCUCCAAUUUCUGCACCUCCUCGUACUCGUCGUGUGGACAGAAGCACAAGCGCAGUCAGUUCCGGCAAUGUGGAGCCUGCGCCACGCAGAAGUACUCCCCGAGAAAGUCUCGCCGAGGAAACAGUGAGAAGACGCCCACUUCAACCUAUCAAUGAGUCCGAGAUCAAUGUACCUCGACCGGCGCAAGCCCAAGUCAGUACUCAAACAAGAGAAGUUCCUGUUUCGAGCUCAAGACCAGCGACUCCACCAGCUACCGCCCCUGCCUCCAGCAGCACCGGAAAUCCACAAAUUCAGGAUGAAGCUCCACAAGCCAUUCGCCGCCAAGUGGAAGGAGAAUGUGGGAUCUGCUUGGAAAAUUUGCAUAUCUCGCAAGAAGAGGUGGACACGAACGAGGAACAGGAGAUUGAGCAUAGCGGCGACAAUGACGACGAUAGUGAUGACCAUAACAACCCUGUACACGAUGACCCUGAACACGAUGACCCUGAACAUAAUGACCCUCAACACGAUGAAUCUGAGCACAAUGACCCUCAACACGAUGACCCUGAGCACAAUGACCCUCAACACGAUGACCCUGAGCACAAUGACCCUCAACACGACACGAUGACCCUGAGCACAAUGACCCUCAACACGAUGAUCUUGAGCACACUGACCAUCAACUCGAUGAUCCUGAGCACAAUGACCCUCAACACGAUGACCCUGAGCACAAUGACCCUCAACACGAUGUCCUUCAACCCAAUGACCCUGAGCACAAUGACCCUGAGCACAAUGACCCCGAGCACAAUGUCGCUGAACAUGUUGUCCCUGAACCCAAUGACCCUGGGCAUAAUGAUGACCAUGAACACAAUGACCGCAACCACCGCCACGACCAUAAUUACCAUGACCGCCAUAACCGCUAUGAUCGCUAUGACCGCCAUCACUACCAUGACACACGCCACCACCAUAACCACAAUCACAACCGUGACCACCAUGACCACCAUAGAGAUGGUGAUAAAUCCAAUGAACAAGAAGAAGAGGCCGAAGAUGAGAAAGAACCCCGGGAUGAAGAAGUGGUUUGGUGCAAGGCGCGUUGUGGAGUCAACUUCCAUAAAAGCUGUAUUGGCGAAUGGCUAG